AUGCACCGAUCAUGGUUUUCAUACCCGAUAACCAAACCGUACCCCUUUCGGUGGUUUACGCCAGUCGUCGUCAUUGGUGGCCUUGUUCUCGCUGUUCUGCUCUCCCUGGCCAACCUGAGUGCCAACGGGUUUUACUUGAAGAGUGUUUACAUACCCGACCCCAACGCCACAGAAGACUCGGCAAACGGACUUUGGUAUAGGAAGCCCCCGUUCAACUGGCAGAGCGAUGUACAGGCAGAAUGCCAACCGCGCCUGCUGUCGGUCGGCGAUUCGUUCUUCACCUCGAACCAGGGAUUCCGGUACACAGUCGAGGCCAUCGAAGAUUCGGCAAAGAGAUCACAGCCUGCGAUCCGCUACAAGAACAACGUCCUCCGCGACUGCGUACCGACAACCAUAAAUCUCAGGCUGAGAAAGGUCGACACCGCGGCGCCAUCGUGGUGGAUAUCGUGGUUAGAGUCGACGGCAGAGGCGACGGUGCGCUGCGGUGUCGUUACUGACGACGGCCUGGUAACCAUUACACUCGCGACCACAGGAGUGGGCAGAGGCGAUCGCAAAUACGGCUAUGUCGUUAAUGACGAUUAUCAAACACGCGCUGGUGUUUGGUGGGGGACCAGGUUGCUGAACACGUACUGGAGCGGAGUGAUGUCUGUGGCAUCUCAAAUGAGCCAGCCUGGCAGAUACGUCGUUCGUGUGGGUUUGACGUUCAACACAAAACCGUUAGAAAAGGACAUCCAAACCGAUACUUUCUUCGAUCUGUACUGGUGGAUGACCCACAAUGACAGCGUCAUCGCGAACAAAGGCUUUGCUGAGAACAUCACGGAUUACAACUCCGAGUUUUACGGUUCGCCAACCUUUACUGAAGGUCUUCAUUACGCCAAGAUCCUGUACUCUCUGCUCUCGUUGGACCUGGGCAGUUGCCAGCUGCCAAGCCUGUUGCUCGACGACGAUGGUCUCCGGUACGCAAUACUCGCACCGGGCGACUUCAACCGAGUACGUGGGGGGCUCUUGAAUGAUUCUUCCACAAGGCUGGUAACGGGUUCAGACCGCUACAAGACGAUUCCGAGUCCCGGGGACGGCGGUACGGGUGAAGAACAGAUAGAUCUCAAAGAGAGCUAUGGCCUGAUUCGGCCUCUCACGGGACCGUUGGACUGUUCCAAUGCCACCGUCGUCACCCAAUACCUCUGCUCCGUCCCUCAGCAGAAGGGGUGGGGGGUGUUGCUGUUCUCCAUCCUCCUUGCAGAUCUUGUCUUUCUCCAAGCAGCGUGGAAAAUCCUGACGUGGGUUUCUGAUGGGAUCGUAGCACGGCAAAGCCCGGAAGCAAUGUCGCGCCAGAGCCAUAACAUUCAGAGCGAGUCUUAUGAGCUCAUCGAUGGCUCCAAGGUGCCCCAUCGAGCAGCUGAACCGAGUUCGGAGGAAAGAUGA